AUGAUUCCCACUCCUCCCGGCUACACCAACACGGUGGGUGACCUUGGGGGCAUCUCCCUUCGACCUCCCGAACGAGGCCCGGCCCUGCGAACGGGCUGGCCGCCGCCUCGGGACUUAAACAGACGGCUGUCACGGCGGCCUGCGGUCCCACAGCCGGACACACGCGUCUGGAACGAGAGCGCCCUUCCCAGCACCCCGCCAAGGGCGGCGGAGAGGCUCCCCCCGCCAGCCCAACAGCCCCGCGGGGACGAGCCCCGCCGUCCCUCCAUCCCCGGUAGCGCAGCCAUCCCCGGUGCCGCCCGGCCCCGGCACGCCGGGAGCUGUAGUCCUCUCCCCCCCUCCCCGCCCCGCGACCUACUUCUCCCGGACUGCGGCUCCCGGCGCGCCCCGCGCCCGGCCCGGCGCGUCCCCCGGCGGGGCAGGGCACAAAAUUUUCCAGGGCACAUGCGCGCUGGGGCCCGCCCGCCCUUCCCGGCGCUGCCCACGGCCGGGAACACGCCCCGCGGCCCGGGACCGCGGCAGCCGCCCCCUUCUCCCCUUCCCUUCCCCUCCCUCCCUCUCGGCAGGGAUGGGCGGGCGCGUCCCCACCCCGCAGCUGUUCCCCCCCCCCCCCCCCCACGGCUGCGGGACGGAGUCCGGGAGGCCAGAAGCCCACGGGGCACGCCAGGUCGCAAACAAGGGUCCCAACAGAGCGGGUCGGAUGGAUGGGGAUAUGUCAACAAGAGCGAGCUCCUGGCCCCGCAAACCCAGCGGGCAUCGCAGAUCCGGCCCUAUUUAUCCCCCCGGGGGCUACGGUCGCAUAGCGACUCCACGGACGGGCAGAUCGCUGUCCCUGGUGGGGAGGGGGACGAUGAGCCCCCUCAGGCCGAGCUCACAAAGAGGACGCGCGUUCUUGGGGUCUCAGCCCUAGAGGGGGUGUAG